UUCGUUCCUCUCGCGAGCUCGCAUUAUGAAAGAGGUUUGCAUCCUCCUCAAAUCAAAGGGACUCUCAAUUCUUUCUCAUUCAGGCAUGUGCUUGGGUUAGUAGCUCCCAGUUCUCCUGCCGUUCCUUGCAUUGGAUUUGCAGCAACUGUGAUUACAGACAAGCUUGCAGAAUGAAGCGUCUGCAAUAAAUCUGAAGAACUGGAAAAAUUUGUAGAACGUAAUAGUAAUUACUUGAUUGAUAGCUUCUAUUAUUGUUGGUCGCGAGUCAGCGCAUUAGCAGGUAAACUCAUGCUCUUCAACGGCCAUGCUCUGAGUAAAUCUGCAGUAGAUGAGCGCACAGUCGUUAGAAGAACGAUGCGCGUAGCUGUGAAAUCGGUGUUUGGGAAUCUUCUCGUCCUGCUCGUCGUCUCAAACCUGCUGGCUGUUGGCCAGUGCAGAUCAGAUAUAAUCGAUGGAAUCGUGAACAGUACCUACGACGAUGUAGUGUCCCGUGGCAAUGCACAUGUUUACGAGUUCACGUGGAGCCUGGCCACUGACUCCAGUGGCAAUGGAACGCACCCACUUCGUCUCACAGUGUCCAGUAAUGCCACUGACGAGAAUCACCUGACGAUUGUGGUGCGCAGCGAGCUCAGCGUUUUGUCCUGGGCUGUACCGUUCGCCGUUGAGGGCGGCUUGGGUGACUACAUGAACAGUUCGCGUACGAUCUGCCCGGACCUGAGCAAUGUGACCGGCAGCGGCGCGAAUCAGACGGUGUUUGUUGACGUAUCGACGGCGAGCAGUGUGACAAUCUCCUACUCUCUUGUUGCAAACCUGGUGGAGGACUUCACCCUGGUGACCGGUCAACCGCUCGACGUCGAACUAACACCGUCAGGACCGUUGUAUUAUCAGUAUAAGUUUGAGGAGGAUGAUGAUUACAUGCGUGUGGUGAUCGAGUCGAAUGGCAGCAGCCCGGGUUGCGGCAUCGUGUCCCUGCAGGAGGCGCUGUGUCCCGUGUACGACCUGGCGCGCGACAUCCAGUACUCCGGCGCAUACCAGACGUUCACCACCUCGGCCGCCGUGGUAGUGCAGCGGCGCUCCAUCCGCUCCGACUCGCUCUACGUCGUACUGCUGGGUCUGUCGGACGACGGGCGCUGCGACGAGAAGUUCCAGCAGCAGUUCAUCGACAAGACGGACGGCGGCGAGCGGGUGCGUGGCGGCGAGUACUACACGAAGAGCGUGUCGAUCAAGGUCGUCAAGGUCACGCAGGAAUACUGGAUGCCCGUCCUGGUCACUCUGGCCAUCUUCCUGGGCUUCUACGUGCUGACCGCGCUCGCCCUCACGCUCCGCUUCUGUCACCGCAGCAAUCGCAGCCUGACGCUGGGCGGAUUCCUGUUCGGCACGGCCGUGGACAGUACUGGUGUGUCGCACGCAAACGGCAAAGGUGGCCAAGAUUCGCCGAACAGCCCUAGUGCUACACGCCUGCUGUCGGGCAGUGAGCGCCAGUACGGUGCAGUGGAGGUGGAGACCGGUGGACCGACCAACAACGAGCCCAGGGUGACGUCAGUGGCCGUCGACGGCGAGCCUUCGGAUGGCGAAACCAGCUCGGAGCGCUCCGGCGGGCAGCAGCUGGAGGAGCCGUCGUGCUUGCCCGGCACAGGCUUCAGUAAGCUGUUCAGCACGACGGGACGUAUUGUGAGCGUAGCGGAGAUCUGUCAGUCGUCACCGGCCGUACUAGACAAACAACUCAGCUCCUACCCAUGGCUCAUUGGCCUCGUGGGCAUCUUCUACGGUCUGCCCGUUAUGCAGCUCGUCUACAACUAUCAAACUAUUCUGAACCUAACGGGCAAUCAGGAUUUGUGCUUCUACAACUUCCGCUGCAUUCGACGUUUGGGCGGGCUUAGCGCCUUCAACAACGUGUUCAGCAACAUUGGCUACAUUCUCCUCGGCAUUUUGUUUUUCCUGCUGACACUGCGCCGACAGCGGCUGUACCUGCAUAAGGCAGCGCUGGACCCGCACUUCCGCCAGUGCAUGGGCCUGCCGCAGCACUUUGGCCUGUUCUACGCCCUGGGCCUGGCGCUGUGCAUGGAGGGGGUGAUGAGCGGCUGCUAUCACGUCUGCCCGACGGCGGUCAACUUCCAGUUCGACACGUCGUUUAUGUACAUGAUUGCGUGCGUCUCGCUCCUGCACAUGUACCAGAAUCGGCAUCCGGACGUGGUCCUGCACGCGCACAAGCCGAUGGUCGUCAUCGCGUUCAUCGUCCUUUGCGUCGUCAUCGGCGUGCUGGGCAACGGCCUGGUGUUCUGGAUCGUCUUCUUCAUGGUCUACCUGGCGGCGUCGGCGUGCCUCCACCUUCACCUCUACUACUCCACCAUGCACAAUCUCAUGGAGAGCGUGCGCGAGGUCAGGCGCAAGCGCAGCUUCCGCCCGGUGCGCUACCCGCGCCGGUUUCUCCUGCUCGUCCUUUCCUCGCUGCUCAACCUCGGUCUGGCCAUCGACGGCGUGGCCGAGCAGCCGUCCAACUUCCCCUCGUUCAUACUCAACGUGCUGAUGGGCAACCUUUUUUUCUACCUCUUCUAUUACGUGGUGAUGAAGAUCUGUCACAGGGAGAAGUUCCGCCACCUCACCAUCGUCUUCCUGCUGCUCAUGGUCGGCUUCGGCGUGCCCGCCUUCUACUUCUUCCAACGGAACGUGAGCGACUGGGGCGACUCGCCGUCGGAGUCGCGCAAGCUCAACAGCGACUGCAUCCUGCUGGGCUUCUACGACAACCAUGACGUCUGGCACUUCUUCUCGGCAGUGGCCUUGUUCUUCUAUUCUCUCGUUCUGAUGACGAUUGAUGAUCCUCUGUCCAGUGUGUCACGUGAUUCCAUCGUAUCCUGGUGAUCAUGCUAUUGCCGUCUUUUCCGACGCAGUUUUUUUGUAAAGUUUUUAGUGGACACGUGUAGCGCAUGUGAGUUACUGUGUGUGUGUCUGUAUGUGUACGCAUGUGUGUGUGUGUGUGUGUGUUUAUGUGUAUGUGUGUUGUGUGUAUGUGUGUGUGUCUCUCUGUUUGUGGGUGAGUCUGUGUCUGUGUGACAAGGUCACAAGAUCAAGUUGCAUGUGUGUGUGUUCGUUCGUGCAUGUUUGCAUGUGUCUCCGAGUAUCCUAUUCUAUGUGCUGGUGUGUAUCAUCCUCUGUGCUUGCCGUGCUCUCGUGCGUAUUCUAGGUGUCAUCUCGGCACAUUCUUUGGCUUGGAAUUUUCUUCCUAGCGUUGCGUGUACGUUUUCCCGUUUUUUGGCUAUUUUUUAUUCCUUUUAUAAUUAUACAGAUCGAUUGCCCGCUUUUCCGUGCGUUAAGUUUGCGUCCCUUGAUCGUCUUUCCAGCAUUUUUGAAUUUUCCCCUUUAGUCUCUUGAACCUACAGGCAUGCGGUUUUUAUUUUAUCAAGACAUUCUCCUAAUAUAUUGCACCAGUAUGAAAGCAAAAAUCCCCCAAAGCUACACCACAUGAAAUCUUCUACCGUUUUUUCAAACCCUCGUUAAUUAGAUUUUUCAAAUUCAUUAGAAUUUUCUCUAUCGUUUCCAGAAAUCGCUUUAUUUGUUGCUAAAACCUUUCGCUUUCCAAAAAAUUACGCUUUUAUUCUCUUUUCUCUUGUUCAAAGACAUUUUGUGGAGAACUUUCA